AUGAGUGAUUUACGUCCUUCAGCUCUGGGCACCAAAGUACAUUGGGAUAAUCACUACCAAACGGAGUUAAAAAAUUAUAAGGAAUUCAGCGAUGAAGGUGCUAUUUGGUUUGGAAGAUCAAGCGAAAAGCGAAUUCUCAAUUAUCUAUCCAACUGUAGUACGCCUUUAGACUCCCGAAUAUUGGAUUUGGGAUGUGGGAAUGGCCAUUUUUGCCUCGAACUUGCGAUGCAAAAAUAUGGAUUUGUAACUGGCAUUGACUAUUCGGAAUAUGCUAUUGAUCUAGCUCACAAUCUGCUGGACAAUGCUCAGCUAUCAAGAAAAGUCUCCCUCAUGUGUAUGGACUUUCUGUCGUUUGAGUCUGUACGCAAGCUCACCGACGAAGCUGGUCCCUUUGAUGUUGUCAUCGACAAGGGCACUUUCGAUGCUAUCACUUUGUCCCCCGACGAUGCCGACCCUAUGAAGACUUCCGAAAAGUCUCGUGAACUCUACCUCCUCCAUGUCUCCCACAUUCUUCGGCCUGAUGGCAUUAUUGUAAUAACUUCUUGCAACUGGACAACUGAAGAGCUGAGGGGGCAAUUUGAGCGGUUCUUUGAUGGCAAGAAGCAGCUCUUUCAAUUCUUCUGUGAAGUACCUCCUCUAAAUACAUUUACCUUUGGCGGUGUCACUGGCGCCACGACGGUCUGCGCUGUUUUUAAACGUCUUCAAUAA